AAGGUCUGCCCUGCAACAUUAACCGUUUAGUUUGCAGACGGGCCGUGAGGCUGUUCUCAAGGCGGACCCUUCACAACAUGUCUCCAACUAACGUCAUUCAUCAGCUCCCUUCACAAGCGGUAUGCAGUUGCCCAAUGGAGUUGGAGCUGCGAGCACUGCUGCAGCAAAGGAUUAUGGUCCUGGAUGGAGGUAUGGGAACCAUGAUCCAGCGGCAGAAGCUCGAGGAGGAACAUUUCAGGGCGGACGAGUUUAAAGAGCAUCAUCUGUCACUGAAGGGAAACAACGACCUGCUCAGUAUCACUCAGCCUGAAGUCAUCUAUAACAUACACAAGGACUACCUGCUGGCCGGUGCUGACAUCAUAGAGACCAACACAUUCAGCAGCACCUCCAUCGCUCAAGCUGACUAUGGAUUGGAACAUAUGGCUUAUCGCCUCAACAAGGUCUCAGCGGAGCUGGCGAGGAGGGCAGCCGAUGAUGUCACCAAACAAACUGGUUGUAAACGCUAUGUGGCCGGAGCAGUGGGUCCUACCAAUAAAACUCUGUCUGUGUCACCGUCUGUGGAGAAACCUGACUUCAGGAACAUCACCUUUGAUGAGAUGGUAGAAGCCUACUCGGAGCAGGUCAGAGGUUUAUUAGAUGGAGGAGCAGACAUCAUCAUGGUUGAAACCAUCUUUGACACUGCCAACGCUAAGGCUGCCUUAUUUGCCAUUGACCUGCUCUUUGAAAAGAGCUAUGAAAGGAGACCCAUAUUUAUCUCAGGGACCAUAGUUGACCGCAGUGGAAGAACUCUGUCCGGUCAGACAGGAGAGGCAUUUGUAGUGAGUGUAUCACACGCUAAACCACUAUGUAUUGGUCUAAACUGUGCCUUGGGGGCCCCAGAGAUGAGGCCCUUCAUUGAGGCUAUUGGAAAAAGUACCACAGCUUUCAUUAUCUGUUAUCCCAAUGCAGGUCUUCCCAACACAUUUGGAGAGUAUGACGAAACUCCAGCAGUAACAGCCUCCAAUUUAAAGGAGUUUGCUACGGACGGACUAGUGAAUAUCGUGGGAGGCUGUUGUGGGACUACUCCAGAACACAUCAGAGCCAUAUGUGAAGCAGUCAAACACUGCCAGCCAAGAGUUCCUGCUGCUGAUAUUUAUCAAGACUACUUACUGCUCUCAGGUUUAGAGCCAUUCAGGAUCGGCCCUUACACCAACUUUGUAAACAUUGGCGAGCGCUGCAACGUGGCCGGCUCACGCAAGUUCGCCAAGCUGAUCAUGGCAGGAAACUACGAGGAGGCUCUAAGCAUCGCUAAGACCCAGGUGGAGAUGGGAGCGCAGGUCCUGGAUAUAAACAUGGAUGAGGGCAUGCUGGAGGGGCCGGCAGCCAUGACCCGAUUUUGUAACUUCAUUGCAUCUGAGCCAGAUAUCUCAAGGGUUCCUCUGUGUAUCGACUCGUCUAACUUCUCAGUGAUUGAAGCUGGGUUAAAAUGCUGUCAGGGGAAGUGUAUAGUGAACAGUAUCAGUCUGAAGGAAGGGGAGGAGGAGUUCCUGCUCAGAGCUGCCACUGUGAAACGCUACGGAGCUGCCGUGGUGGUCAUGGCGUUCGAUGAGGAAGGACAGGCCACAGACACAGAGCGUAAAGUGGAGAUCUGCACUCGAGCCUACAAGCUGCUGGUCAGCAAGGUAGGGUUCGAUCCCAACGACAUCAUCUUCGACCCCAACAUCCUCACCAUCGGCACGGGCAUGGAGGAACAUAACCAAUAUGCUGUUAACUUCAUCAGGGCCACCAAGCUGAUCAAGGAGACAUUACCAAGAGCCAGGGUGAGUGGAGGUCUGUCCAACCUGUCCUUCUCCUUCAGAGGAAUGGAGGCUAUAAGAGAAGCCAUGCACGGAGCUUUCCUCUAUCACGCUAUCAAGGAUGGGAUGGAUAUGGGCAUAGUGAACGCUGGGAACCUGCCGGUGUACGAUGACAUCGAUAAAGACCUGCUGUUACUGUGUGAAAACCUGAUCUGGAACAGAGACACUGAAGCUACUGAUAAACUACUGACCUACGCACAGAACAACAUGAAAGGAGGGAAGAAGGUGGUUCAGACAGACGAAUGGAGGGAAGGAAACGUGGAGGAGAGGCUGGAGUAUGCUCUCGUCAAGGGAAUAGAGAAGUAUGUGGUGGAGGACGUGGAGGAGUGUCGGACCCAGGUGGACCGCUACACCCGACCCCUUCACAUCAUCGAGGGCCCCCUGAUGAACGGCAUGAAGGUGGUGGGAGAUCUCUUUGGUGCUGGGAAGAUGUUCUUACCACAGGUGAUCAAAUCAGCUCGUGUUAUGAAGAAGGCAGUGGGUCACUUGAUUCCUUUCAUGGAGAAGGAGAGGGAGGAGAUGAUGGCAUUAUCAGGGUCAACUGAGGAAGUGGAUCCCUACCAGGGCACCAUAGUUCUGGCUACAGUGAAAGGAGAUGUCCACGAUAUUGGCAAGAACAUCGUAGGUGUGGUGCUGGGUUGCAACAACUUCAGAGUGAUCGACCUGGGUGUGAUGGUUCCCUGUGAAAAGAUCCUUAGAGAGGCCAUCAAAGAGAAAGCAGAUAUCAUUGGUUUGUCUGGUCUCAUCACCCCCUCUCUGGAGGAGAUGAUCUAUGUGGCCAAAGAGAUGGAGAGAUUGGGAAUGACCAAGCCACUGCUGAUUGGAGGAGCCACCACAUCAAAAACACACACAGCAGUGAAGAUCGCCCCACGCUACACUUGCCCUGUUAUCCAUGUUCUGGAUGCCUCCAGAAGCGUGGUGGUGUGCUCCCAGCUCCUGGAUGAGAAUGUGAAGGAGGAGUACUUUGAAGACCUGAAAGAGGAGUAUGAGGACAUCAGGCAGGACCACUACGACUCCCUGAAGGAUCGUCGUUAUCUGUCUCUGUCCCAGGCCAGAGAGAAGGCUUUACAUAUAGACUGGCUCUCUCUGCCCCGUCCAGUGCAUCCUCAGUUCUUGGGCAGCCGUGUGUUUGAGUGUUACGACCUGAACAGCCUGGUGGACUUCAUCGACUGGAAGCCUUUCUUUGACGUGUGGCAGCUGAGAGGAAAAUACCCCAACAGAGGUUACCCCAAGAUCUUCAAAGACAAGACAGUCGGUUUGGAGGCACGGCGAGUUUUCGAUGACGCCCAGCGGCUGCUCAACAGAAUGAUUGACAGCUCCAGUCUGAAGGGGCGGGGUCUGGUGGGGUUCUGGCGUGCGCAAAGCGACGGCGAUGACAUCAAGGUGUACAAAGAUGACGUGAAGGUGCACAGAGACACCAAGCCGAUUGCCACAUUCCACGGCUUACGGCAACAGGUGGAGAAGGAUAGCUCCAGUUCAGAGCCCUACCUGUGUAUGUCUGACUUCGUGGCUCCCAUAGACAGCGGUGUGGCAGACUACAUCGGUAUGUUUGCUGUGGGCGUGUUUGGCGCUGAGGAGCUGAGUCAGCAGUUCCAGUCAAAGGGAGACGACUACAACAGCAUCAUGGUCAAAGCUCUGGCUGACCGGCUGGCUGAGGCAUUUGCUGAAGAGCUCCACUCUCGUGUGCGGAAGGAGCUGUGGGGUUACAGCGCUGACGAGACACUGCAGGCCUCAGACCUUCACAGGAUACGAUACCAAGGCAUCAGACCUGCUGCUGGCUACCCAAGCCAACCUGAUCACACUGAGAAGAUCACCAUGUGGAACCUGGCUGAUAUAAAGCAGAAAACUGGUAUUUGUCUGACAGAGUCUCUGGCCAUGUUACCUGCCGCCUCAGUGUCUGGACUUUACUUCUCCAACCCUCAGGCCUCCUACUUUGCUGUAGGAAAGAUCACCAAAGAGCAGGUGGAGGAUUACGCCAGGAGGAAAGAGAUGAGCGUGGAGGAGGUGGAGAGAUGGCUGGCUCCCAUACUGGGUUACGACAGUGAAGCUUAAGAGCGAUGAACAGAGAAUCUAAAGUUUACAGUCCAACCAUUCC